AUGAGCACCAAUUUAGAGAAGCAGAAUCGAAGGCUUCGAAAUAUCACCAUUAGGCUUGAUCACAAGAUAAAAUGCCUUCUGGAAGAGAAUCAAAGACUUCAAACUGUACAAAGCCGACGGCCGGGAUCAAAACAGGAGGAUAAUGACGAUUUCGGCCGAAAAUUAGAGAAUCAGGCCAUAGAGUUAAACACACUUAAGUCACAAAAUAAGCAAUUGAGAGCAAAAAUUGAGAAAUUAUCUGUUAACACAGAAGCUUUGCUACAAGACAAUGCGAAACUCAAAAAGCAAAUAUACAUACAGGAGAAAGCAUUACAGAGUGAUGAUGGAAAAGACCAGAAACUCAAUCCUCAUGAAUUGCAAAAGCAUAUCAAGAGGUUGGAACUUGCGUUGGUUAAAACACGCGAGGAAGCAUUAAGCAAGGAAAUAAAAGCGUCAACUACAUUCGAGGAUUUGACAAAAAAGAAUACAUACUUAGAAAAAGAGAGGGUGAAACUUUCUAAACUUAAUCACGACCAGAACAUAUUGCAAGAUGCGAACAAAAAACUCAAAACCUCUUUAGACGGUUUACAUGGAUCGGAAGAAAAAAUUGAGUUCCUUACGCUAAAAAACGUAGAACUUCAAUCUGAAAAUACAAAGCUCAGAAGGAACGUAGAUGAGCUCAAUGAAUUAGAGGCGGUCAAUCAGCAACUUAUUGAAAAUCAUGAUUUAAAUCAGAAAGAGUUGAUGGAUGAGAUAGAAAACCUUCGUAAAACUGUUUCUUUGAAGCAGAUUCAGAUUCAAGACAUGAAACAAAAGAUUCAAAGGUUGGGACGCAUAGUAAUCAGGCAAAAUGUAAAAAGUACCUACAGAGAUUCAAUUGUGACCACAAAGGAUCAAAAUUCAGAAGAGGACUGCACCAAAGUUGUUCAGGUAUCUCAUGAAUUGAUGGAUCAGUAUCGAAAUACAAUAUUAUCUUUAUUUCCUAUUCAGGAUACGGAAAAGAUAAACAUAUUAUCUGAACUUAAGGGUUUGAAGUUCUUGACAAGUACACUAGCACAUGAUUAUUUUAAUCAUGUACGGACACUAAAAUACGAUACCUCGUUUAAAAAAGAUGUCGAAUAUGCAGUGAAGUUAAACAGGGCAAGUGCACUGAUAAGUUGCAUUUUUCAUGUUUGUGAAUACAAAAAAAGUGCUAUCUCACCCGAGACGAAAGCUGUCAUAUCAAACUACCUUUCAGACUUCAAAAAUAAGUAUGAUCAGAAGUUGUUUGAUUUUCAUGUAUCAAUAGAUGAUGCAAUUGCUGACGAGGCGUUAAAAUCAAGAGAACUUACUAUUUUCGAGUUAAGCGAUGCUUUAUUUCUUACAACAAUAACCAAAGGAAUAUUUAAAGCUAUGAAUAAGCCCAAGUUCAUAUCUUUUGCGGAGAAAAUAUCAGGAAUUGAGAAUCUCAUAUCUGAACAAAUCGAGAAGCUUAUGACUUUGAGGAAGUUAGGCUUGGGUAUUGAAAAGAGCACAGACAAUAAUAGCGAUGCAUUUAAAAAAUUUCGCCAGUUUAUCGGUGAUGUAUGCGAUAUUUUUGUCAAUUAUACAUUGGAUGAUACAGAAAUUUUCCCUGAUGAUGAAAUCAUUCAAGGUACCACAAAGAAUUUACAGGAUGACAUAAAGUCAUGUAACAUAGAAGAUGACAAUUAUUUAGCAGUUUAUUUGGAAGCAGCGAAAUCUGCAAGCGUAAACGAACAGCAGGAGCCAUUGUCACCAAACAAAUUAAAUAGGUUUGAAAGUGAUGACGAUGUCAAUGAUAAGCUUCGGUUGAAGAUUCAUCUAUUAAAUUCCAAGUUGGCAAAUCUUAGAGAAGUGGAAAAGCAACAUGAAAAGACAUCGGGAGAGUUAGUGAAGCAGAUACAGAGGACCGAAGUGCUAUCUGCAAAUUUGGAUAAAGCUGAGGGGCGGAAGGAAGAAUUAGAGCUUGAAGUUAAAAAAUUAAAGAAAAUUUUAAAAGCUGUUGGCUUGGAUUCAUGCAGUUCAGACUAUAUUGAAAGAAAAGAACAAAUACAAGCAGAACUUUCGGAUGCAAAUAAUAGCUUGUUGAAGAGCCAAAUCAGUAAGCAGAGGGAUUUAAUUGGAAAGUUGGCUAAGAGUGCAGGAAAGAGAGAAUCUGUAAAUAUGUCCGACUUCUCGAACUUAAACUGGCUCAAAGAAGACCUAGCACAAACAUUUACCGACUUCCAGACCAAGAGUCCACACAGAGUAAUACUAAACAGACUAUUUUCUAUGGAAAAUAAAUUUGAUGUUGCGCCAUUGGAUGAACAAUCAAAUGGUGAAGUACUGAAAUACUAUGCAGCCCAUAUGGGUGAGCAGAUUUUAGGUUAUCUUACGGAACAAAUAUCAUGA